GUGUAUAUUUCAAAUCCAGUUAUAUGUAUCUAUAUAUAUAUAUAUAAAACAAAUACUUCUGUAUAUAUUUAAUAAGUCUUUAUUGCCGAACCAUGAAAUGUUUUCCUUAUUAUUUUAUUGAAUAAUAAUAGAUAAUAAAGACAUUUGUUAAUUUAAUUGUGUUUAAGCUAUACGAUUAUAUACCAUCAAUUUGUGAUUUCAAGUAAUGUAAUUAAGUUUAAAAACAAAAACAUUUUCAAAAUAAAUACAUGUAUUAAAUUACACAUAUUACAAUGGAUUCGUAUAUAAUGCAGAUCAGACGUAUGUGGUUGAAUCAGGACGGCGAUGGUUUAGCGGAUUUAUUAUCUUUACGGCAUAAUCAUGUUUCAAUUUCACAAAUUGGAUCUGAAACUGCAAUAACAAAAGCAAUGGAACAUUUAUCUGCUCCACUUGAUGACUUAGUACUUUACCACUUAAAAACUAUAACAGCAAUACAUAAAGAUGACCCAUUGUCAAUGUAUAAUUAUCAAAGUUCUGCAGUUCAAUCUUUGACAAAGAUUCUUCAGAUGCAAAAGGAAGAAAAUUGGAUGUUGCCUGUUAUGAAUGUAAUAUGUUUAGAAUUACGGUUAUUAGCAGUUUGUGCAGAGAAUACAAGAUCCAGCAAAAAUGUAAAGCCCGGAGAAAUUUUGGAGAAAUGUGCAGAUUGCCUAAUGGGAUGUUUUCGAGUAUGUGCUUGUGAUAAUCGUAGCUCAGAAGAUGAUACAAAAAGAUGGGGAAUGCUGGCAUUGGUUAACCAAUUAUUAAAAAUUUAUUUUAGAAUAAAUAAAUUGCAUUUAUGUAAACCUUUAAUAAGGGCAAUAGAAUCAUCCCCAUAUAAAGCACAUUUUGCAUUAGCACAACAAAUUACUUAUAAAUUUUUCGUGGGCCGUAAAGCAAUGUUUGACAGUGAUUACAAAGCUGCUGAUGAAUAUCUUACUUAUGCUUUUGAACAUUGUCAUAAGCAAUCUUCAAAAAACAAACGAUUAAUAUUAACUUAUCUUGUGCCAGUGAAAAUGUUAUUAGGGUAUAUGCCUAAACAUAACUUACUAGAAAAAUAUAACUUAAUGGAGUUUGAAGAAUUAAUGGAAGCUGUUAAAAGGGGAGAUUUAUGCAAUCUUGAAAAAGUGAUGGAAAAACACGAAUUAUUUUUUAUAGGAGCAGGAAUAUAUUUAAUUGUGGAAAAAUUGAAGAUAAUAGCAUACAGAAAUUUAUUUAAAAAGGUGUAUUUAGUAUUAAAUAUACAUCAGAUUCCUAUUCAAGAUUUACUUUCAGCAUUAGAAAUGCAAGGAAUUGAUGAUGUUGAUAUGGAUGAAGUAGAGUGCAUUGUGGCAAAUUUAAUAUUUGAAGGAAAAAUUAAAGGAUACAUAUCUCAUCAACAUAAAAAAUUAGUCAUCUCUAAACAAAAUCCUUUUCCAAGACUUUCAACUAUACUUUAAUUAUCUUUAGAUUACAUGUAUCUUUCUGUAAGAAAUAAAUUUAAAUUCAAUAAAA